AUGCAGCCUUUAUUGAUUUUCGCACAAAUUAUUAUCAUGACCGACAGCAGAGAUAUCGUUGCUCAGCUUAUGGAAGAGGUGGAAAGGGAGAAAAGGAGGCGAGUAGAGGAGGUGGAAAGGUUGGAGGAGGAGGUGGGAGUGGAGAAAAGAAGAAGGGCGGAAUUGGAAGAGGAGCUAGCAAGGUUGGGGGGUCCUGUAACAGAAACGACCCCUGCCGCUGUGCCAAUAGGAGGUUAUGCCUCGCAGCGGUUGGUGGAUUGCAAAGCUGCAUUUUGCGAUAGGUACGUAUCCAGAGAGGGAAGUCUUUCUCCAGAGACCUUCAUGAGCAUCAUGACCAUCGCAGCAGACCAGGGAGCCAGUACGUCGGUGGGGGCUUUGACCCAGUCUAGUGGGUGGGGCAAGUCCCGGUUCUUCUUUGAGGUGAGCCAGAAGUUUAGGUGCCUCUACAUUAGCAUGGGAGACAGCGCUAGUACGUACCCCAAGCAAACUGACAAUUAUGUCCCAUUGGGAAGGAUUCUGGGAGCUGACGGUUCAGAUCCGGAUCUGGUGGUGAGCCAUCUUAUGAAUUGCCUAGCGCAGUACUUGAACCGUGCCAGUGAAGACGCUUAUAUCCGGGCGCUCACCAACACUGAAUGGUUUGCGUACCAGUUGGAGGAGUGGAACCCUGGCUACGACGUGAAAAUUGUGGAGAAAGUUUUGCCACCCCUGUCGCGGGCAGAUGCCAGAACCAACUUGGCGGCUGCUAUCAGCACAUUUAAGGGCUGCUACCAGGUGGGCUGCGCACUAAUCUUGUGUGACGAAGCAGCUGCUUUGCUGAAGCCUUUCGGCACCACAGGGCCACCUCAAUUCAGGUUGUUCCGACGCGCCUUUACCUUAAUGGGCAUCACGGCUUGCUUUGCCAGCACUCAGUCCAAGGUCCAAAACUUCGCCCCCGCUCUCCAUAGGGAUGAGUCCUAUAAGGAGUAUACUUUGACCAGAUUGGAGCAACCGUGGAUGCCUUCGCCCUUUCUCGCCAUCAAUCCAGUUGACCUAAGGGUCGACGCGGUGCCGUAUCCGCUGUCCCUAGGCGACCUGCACAGUGCACGAAAUUUGGCACAAUUUGGGCGACCGUUGUGGUGGUCCUUCGCUCGACACAUGACUUCGAAUGACACCGAUUCGACAAGUGUGCUGCUGGCGAUAGCUCGCGACAAACUCAAUUUCGCACAUGGGGAGUGGGCGGGCGUAGCCGCUGUCAUGAUUGUCGCAGCCGUGAAGCCGACUCCGUCCGUUGAAUUGGCGGAAAACCUGGUCCACAGCCAUAUGGCAACCCUAGUGCACGUUUCUAAGAAUCGGGAGUUGUUGUAUACGGAAUAUGCUUCAGAGCCCUAUUUGGCCGAAGCGUCGUGCAUGUACCUCCAAAGAUCCUUUGGUCCGGCAUUGAAGCAACUAAUUCGGGCAUUGCCCGACUAUGUCUUGUACUUGCUGGGUUCCGUUGUUUAG